CAACCAUUACAACAACCCUCUCUGAGCCAGCAGGCAAUCACACAAAACACAAAAGAUCAUGAAGAUCAACAAUAACACCUUAGUCACUUCCUUCUACUCCUCAACCCUAUUUCCUGGCUCUCAACAUAUGGUCUCAAUUGAAUCACCACUAAUGCUUUUGAGCUUUUCCUUCUCUAUUCUUCUUCUCGUGGCAAUAUUGUUCUUUCUUUUUGUCAAGUACAAAUACAAAUCCAUUGGGAAUAAGAACAAAUCACCACUUCCUCCUGGCCCAAAACCAUGGCCGAUAGUUGGAAAUCUCCCCGAAAUGCUUAGAAACAAACCCGUCUUCCAAUGGAUACACAACCUUAUGGAUGAAAUGAACACUGAAAUAGCUUGUAUUCGUCUAGGAAACGUUCAUGUUAUCACAGUUACUAGUCCUGAAUUGGGACGAGAGUUCCUGAAGAAUCAAGAUGCCAUUUUCUCAUCUAGACCCAUUUGCAUGGCUGCUGAACUUGCUAGCAACGGUUACUUGGCAGCAAUUCUUGUUCCCUUUGGAGAACAAUGGAAAAAAAUGAGGAGAAUCCUCGCUUCUGAGGUGCUUUCUCCGGCGAAACACCGGUGGCUUCAAGGCAAAAGAGACGAAGAAGCUGAUCACCUUGUUCGUUACGUGUAUAACCAGUGCAAAACCACCAUGGAAGGCGGAGUAGUGAAUGUGAGAAUUGCCACUCAGCAUUACUGUGGUAAUGUGAUAAGGAAAAUGAUCUUUGGAAAGAGGUUUUUCGGAAAAGGAAUGGAAGAUGGAGGACCAGGGGUUGAAGAGGAAGAGCAUGUCGCCGGGCUUUUCACCAUUCUUGGGUACCUUUAUUCUUUUUGUAUCUCUGAUUAUUUACCAUGUUUAAGAGUGUUUGACAUAGAUGGGCAUGAGAAGAUUAUGAAGAAAGCUCUUGGGACUGUAAGAAAAUAUCAUGAUCCUGAAAUUGACCAAAGAAUUGGGAAAUGGAAGGAAGUUGACGCUGGCUCGGAGGUGGGGCUUUCUGACCCGGAGCUGAAGAUGUUUUCGUUUAGCACAGGAAGGCGUGGGUGUGCGGGGGUGACAUUGGGUUCUACCAUGACUGCCAUGCUUUUGGCUAGGCUUCUUCAAGGGUUCACUUGGAAGUUUCCACCCUGUGUGUCUAGUAUUGACCUCAGAGAGGCACAGACUGAUCUCUCUCUAGCUCACCCACUACUAGCUCUAGCACAGCCACGCUUGGCUGGAAAUUUGUAUAUUGCAGCUUGA